CUCUUGGUACCUGUCUCUGUUUACACUCCUUUAUUGAGAAGAUGAAGAAGUUCCUCUCGUUGCUUCUCCUCUGUCAUGUGGCAUCUCCAGUUAAACACUCCUUGAAGUUUUUUGCAACUGGAUCUUCUGGAUCCCCAAAAGUCCCAGAGUUUGUGGGUUUUGCAUUGGUUGAUGAACUUCUGAUCGGUUACUGUAACACAGAUAAGAAGAUUGCAGAACCAAAACAGGACUGGAUGAGAAAAUUAUUAGAAAAUGAACCUCAGCAGUGGGAGUGGUACACUCGAGAAUGUACUGACAAUGUGCCUUUCCUUUUCAAAGCCUCGAUUGACCAUUUGAAGCAGCGCUUCAACCAAAGUGAAGGUGUCCAUAUUUUCCAGAGGAUGUAUGGCUGUGAGUGGGAUGAUGAGACUGGAAAUGUUCAUGGCUAUGAUCAGUAUGGUUAUAACGGAGAAGACUUUAUAUCAUUGGACCUGAAGACACUGACAUGGAUCGCUCCACAACCACAGGCUGUCAUCACCAAACAGAGAUGGGACGCUGAGGAAGUUAGAUUGAAAUUCAGCAAGUAUUACCUCACUCAGAUUCUCCCUGAAUGGCUGAAGAUGUAUCUGGACUAUGGCAAGAGCUCUCUGCUGAGAAAAGACCUUCCCUCAGUGUCUCUCCUCCAGAAGACUCCCUCCUCUCCAGUCAGCUGCCACGCUACAGGUUUCUACCCUGAGGCAGCCAUGAUGUUCUGGAGGAAAGAUGGAGAGGAGCUUCAUGAGGACGUGGAGCUCGGAGAGAUCCUCCCCAACCACGAUGGAUCCUUCCAGAUGAGUGUUGACCUGGACCUCUCAUCAGUCAAACCUGAAGACUGGACCAGGUACGAGUGUGUGUUUCAUCUCUCUGGUGUGAAGGACGACAUCGUCACCAGACUGGACAAAGCAGUGAUCAGGACCAACAGAGUUUCUCCCUCAGAGUUUCCUGCUGCUGCUGUUAUUGGAGUUUGUGUGGGAUUGAUGCUGCUUCUUGCACUCUGCAUCACUGGACUCUUCUUCUGGAGGAAACACAAGAAUGGAUUCAAGCCUGCAAACUCUUCCGAACAUUCAUCCUCUCCAACUCCUGUGGACAAUGAUACAGCUCUGACUGAUCACACGAUUCAGUGAAGAUUAGAAGAAGACACGUAACUCCAGUGAAGUGGUUGUGGCAUCAAUGUUUUAUUAGGUUAUGUUAUGUGACAUAAAUAUGUAUUAACAAAACUUCUUUUACUGAAAUCUAACU